AUGCAGAACCGCUCCAACGAAGCUCCCAUGGACUUUGAGUGGCAGACAAGAGCUCCAGGAGAUGCCACUUCGCCAUUCUACCAGCUCGCCCUGAAGAACGAACACGCAAAUGCUCGUCGGACAUUUGCGUCCCCCAUAAAACCACAGGCUCCAGCACCACGAGAGCAGCCGGCACAGUCGAAGAACCUCACACAACCUUCAUUUGCAAACGUCAAUCUUACCCGCGGCUCAUCCUUCACAACUCCCCGCAAACUCGACGCGGACGUCUCCUCAGGAGCGGAAAACCUGUCAUCUCCCGAACAUGCAGAUAAUGACGAGACCCCUGAACAACCGUCAAAGGCUACACGACGCAAUUCCCUUUUCAAUCUCUACGGUAUAUAUGCUCCAGCUGCACCUAGCUCGGGUCGUGGAGAAGUACCGCGCUCGCACAAGUUUUCUAAUUCCCUGGUGAAAAAGGUCCAGAAGAGGAGGAGACGAGACCGGGAGCUCAGGCACAUCCGCCACGCUAGUGAAGACAGCAGUGAUGACCGGCCGAGCAGUCGCGAGCUGGACCGAAAGCCAGGAAAGGUUCAACAAUCCAACCAGAUUGAAAACACAAGCCACAUACCGUAUCUCUCACGCCUCUUUACGUUUCUCGAAACUCAUCCGCAUAUCCCUCGAAUACUGUCAUACUACGCCCAAUUUACAUUUAACUUGAUAAUCGCAUUUCUGAUAUUAUAUGUCAUUGUUGCUUUCUUGCUUGCCAUUAAACACGACGUGGAGAUCGCUAGUGAAAGCCAGUCCGCAGAUAUUCUGGCGGAGAUAGCCACAUGCACGAAGAACUACGUCGAGAACCGCUGCGGUGAUCCCGACGGGAGAAGAUUACCCGCUCUGGAAACGGUCUGCGACAACUGGGAGAGAUGUAUGCAUAGAGACCCUGCAAAGGUUGGUCGAGCAAGGGUAUCUGCACAGACGCUGGCGGAGAUAUUCAACGGCUUCAUUGAACCAAUCAGUUUCAAAGCGAUGUUCUUUUUUAUAUCCUCCAUAGCGGCCUGCGUCACUGUUUCCAACCUCACAUUUUCAUUCUUCCGCAACAAAUCAAACAAUCCACCCCAUAUGCCACCUGGCUAUACUGGAUACUCUCCACCUCCGCAUAUGCCCUCCCAACAGGCUCAUGUCAGCAGCUAUACAUCAGGUCAUUCGAGACUAGAAACAGAUAACCCUUUUUUCAGUCAACCUCCCCACCGGGGUGUUUUCAGAGACGAUCAGGGGCCGGAAGGCCGACCUCAGAGACGGCUUGAACUUGGCCCACCAUCCGGUUAUGCGUCCCAGGAUCAUCUACGGACCCCUAGUCCGAUAAAACAGAGAAAAUUUAUGUGA